GCACGACGUCAAAUCAUCUGCAGCAGUCCGACCGGGUUAACCGUGCGAUAUCGAAUAAUUUUCUUCGGUUUUUGAUCGAGCAAUCUCAAAACACAUCAGAAAUAUGAAGGUUAUCAUGGUAACGCUUUUGUUGGCCGCCGUCGCCCUGUCCGCCACCGAAGCCGGGGUGAUCGCUUACCACGCCGCGCCCGCCGUCGUACCGGCACCAACAUUUUACGCGGCCCCGGCACCAGCCCUGGUCCGCACACCCAGCCUGGACAGCGCAGUGGUGCACUCGGAACGUGUCGGCGGCAACUUCGCGUACAGCUCGGUCGAGGGACACGCUUACACCGCUCUCACGCCAGUCGUCCACGCCGUUCCCUCCCCGGUUGCAGUGGCCUACAAGGCCGCCCCGGCAGUGGUCGCCCCCGUUCCUGUUGUCCCCGCCGUCUACGCGCCGGCCAAGACGUUUUAUUACGCUCACUGAACGCCGACCGGUCAGUCGACGGCGACCGGAGCCACGCUCCCUGUUCGACGUAUUCUUUUUCUUUUUGAGUUAUUUUUUUUUCGUAUUCAUCGCCAUGGGACAACAGCUGUCCAACCUGCGUACACGGGACGAGUACGGUCGUCUCGUAUAACGUCGUGCAAUAAUAUUUGCAAUACGCACAGCACAUGCGUAAUGAAUUAUUGUACACCGCGUUCAGAUCACGCACGCCGUGUUCAAUCCCGUAUUCUCCUCCCUAUCUCGGAUUUACAUGGAACGUACGCGUUUUUUGCGUAUGUUAUUGUAAUGUAUUUUUCCCCUUUAUAUCUCUCACUCCUUGUACUGCCAGAUAAAAUAAAUAAAUGAUUUGAUAAAAAAUAAA